AUGCAACGUUACAGCAGCCGUAGUGCCGAAGGAACCCUUUGUCAUGUCGUUCAACAGAAAACAGAUGACCAAAAUGUAACUAUUUACGACGAAGGUACAGAUAUGCGCCUCUUUCUGUUUAUAGCCGAAGUGAUGAAUAUGUCGGUUGCUUUCCGAUUUCCACGCAACACAAAAGAAAUAUGGCCCGUUAAGUUGGAGAAUGGUUCGUGGACAGGAGUUCUGGGUGACUUAAUUGAUAAAAAUGCUGACAUAUCUUUCUCCGCAUUAACCAUUAAUUUAAAUAAAUCAAUUUACUUUGACUCUACACAUGUUUAUCAGUUUUCCGGUUUACUUUGGAUAGUUCCUUGUGCUGAACCGUUUCACCAGUGGACUAGUAUCACCAGAGUGUUUUCGGCGCCUAUGUGGUUACUUUUAUUCGUUUUCAUAAUCAUAUCUGCUGGACUUAUGUAUUCGCUGUCAAAUUUUCACAAGGAUAUUAUUAUGGAUGUUGGUCCCUACAGAACCAUGUCUGAUUGUUUCUACAAUGUGUGGGCAGUUUUUCUGGGCGUAUCAGUAACAAAGUUGCCAGUCACCAAUCAUCUAAAAGUCUACUUCAUUAUGCUGGUGUGGUACUGUCUUGCAGUAAACACUGUGUUCCAGGCCUAUGUCACCAGCUACAUUGUGCAGCCGGAAUACCAAAAACAAAUCGACAGUGUGGAGGAUUUGAUUUCUUCUGGCAUUGAAUAUGGAUUCUACCCAGGGAUCACUCUUUUCUUACCUGAUACUUCUGACUGGCGAAUCAAAGAAAUACUUUCUCAUCGAAUACCUUGCUAUGGUGAUACGUGCAUACGGAGGGCGAUUGAAAAGAAAGGUUUUGCAACAGUCACUGACAGUAUAAUUGUCGAGUAUAUGAAAACAUAUGUAUCACAAAACAUAUCUGUCGUAUGUACCUUCAAACAAGAAUGCAAGGCUAAACGGAUGGCCAUGUUUUUGGAGAAGGGAAGUUUUUUAACGGAGAAUAUUAACCGUUUAAUUGAUACAGCCCUGGAAGCAGGACUGCCCGGUUUUUGGUGGAACAAUAUUUUUAAUAAAUUGAGGAUUAAAGCUCAAGUUGAGGUGCGGAUCAAAUUACUGGAAGAUUACAACUCUCUUUUACUUACUCACUUACAAAGCGCCUUCUACCUGCUACAGUUAGGUUACUGUCUCUCUUUCAUAAUUUUCCUAGGAGAAUUAUUAUAUUACAAGAAACGUAAGAAAUUAAUUCGCUAA